AUAUGGCGGCGUCCUAUGACUGCUCGUGGAGUUGUGUUAAAGUUGAACAAGUCUCGUAGAAAAUCUAAUUGUGAAGCAUUUCAAACCUGUACAGCCAAUUACUUAGGUUACACUAAAUUGUUUGUGUGUUGAACAACAGGUGCUUUGAAAUUAUCUGAGUUUAUUUUAUAUCAGAACGGCAGCUGUACCAUAUAUCCUUUUUUUGUUUUGUUUUAUAAAAUAAAACAUUAUAAUCUGAAGACUGCAGACACGAUGAGACGCUGUGUUAAUAUGUUGUGGAAAACAAGAAACGCUUCUGGAGAGAAGGGUUUGACUUGUAGCAGGGGACUUGCAUUGUGUAAAGUUUUACAGUGUAGCAAGACUAACAACACAAAAGAUGCUGUAAAUCCUGAACGACUAGUAGAAAGCGAUUCAUCGGAACGACAACGUGAGAAGAAAAAACCUAGCGAGUGCUCUGUGCUUCUCUUCCCGGGGCAGGGUAGUCAGUUUGUGGGGAUGGGGAAAGGACUGGGGAAAUACGAGAAUGUCAAACAAAUGUUCAUUGUGGCUGAGAAAAUACUUGGCUAUGAUUUGUUGUCCCUGUGCCUGAAUGGACCAGAAGAAGAACUGAGUAAAACUAUCCACUGCCAACCUGCAGUAUUCGUCACUUCAUUGGCUGCGGUGGAAAGGUUAAAUCAUGAAGCCCCAGAAGCCAUUGAGAAUUGUGUUGCUGCUGCUGGUUUCAGCGUGGGAGAGUUUGCAGCCCUGGUCUUUGCAGGAGCAUUGGAUUUUACAGAGGCAUUAUAUGCCGUGAAAGUGCGUGCAGAGGCCAUGCAGAAUGCAUCAGAUGUUGUUCCAAGUGGAAUGUUGUCAGUGGUUGGACGACCAGAGUCUAAAUACAGCUAUGCUUGUUUGGAAGCACGGAACCACUGCAAAAAACUGGGAGUGGAAAACCCUGUGUGUGUUGUGGCCAACUACCUCUUCCCAGAUGGGAGAGUUAUUGCAGGACAUUUACAGGCUUUGGAAUUUUUACAGAAGAAUUCACGUAAGUUUAACUUCCUGCGGACCAAGAGGCUACCUGUCAGUGGUGCAUUUCACACUGCGCUGAUGGAACCUGCAGUUGAGUCCUUGACAGGUGUCUUAAAGAAACUGGACAUACAGAAACCAAACAUAUCAGUCUAUUCCAAUGUUGAUGCCAAGAAGUAUAUGCACAGUGGACACAUUCAGCGAUUGCUACUGAAGCAGCUUGUUUCUCCUGUGAAGUGGGAACAGACAAUGCAUGCAGUUUAUGAAAGAGCACAAGGGGUUGAGUUUCCAGAGACAUAUGAAGUGGGACCAGGGAACCAGCUAGGGUCUAUGCUGCAAAAAUGCAACUUAAAGGCAUGGCGGUUCUAUAAGCAUAUAGAUGUACAAAUAUAAAAAAGUAUACGUCUUGCAAAUUUUUUUUUUUUUUUAAUGUUCUUUCACUUGGGUAAAUAAAAGUACUAGGAAACAUAUUUGAAUAUUAAACAAAUUGGUUUAAUUGUAUUUGAUCACAGAAAUGUUCCAACAUUCAUAUAAGAGAAUUUAUAUAUGCAGAUACCAUACAAAAGUUUGUAUUUUCCUCUGUCACCCGUAGAAGUAAUCUCUCUGCUGUUUACCUGUUUUUGUAUGUAAAGGGAUGUUGGAAAUUAAAAGAUUUGACAAUGUGCUAGUAAACAAUUUUUCCUAGGCCAGUGUUUUGGCUGUAACUUAUAUGGGGGUAAAACUGAAGGAAAUAA